CGACCUUAAAACAUUAGCCCUUAGGGUCUGUUUUGUCCAAACAAUGCCUAAAAUUUCUUUUUAGUUCUCGCGGAGGAUUAUUAUUUGAACUAUAUUUGUUGAACAUAUAAACAAGUAUAUACUGAAAAACCUUGUAAAACCCAGAGCUUAUUUGAAUUCUUCCGCUUGCAUAUCGUCGCGGUGAAAGAACAAACACAGAGGCACAGCGAGAAAAGGCCAUAUGGAUAAAGGAAAGAGUAGUAGUAACAAGAAGAAGAACAAGGCUAUAACGCUGGAGCAAUUCGUCUCCAUCAUGGCCCCUUUAAUCGAUAUGGAAAAGGAAGCAGAGAUAUCGGCUUCCAUGAGCUCGGGUGCAACAAGGAGCUUGGACGUCGCUCAGAAGAAGGGAUCCACCAUUUUAAAUUUGAAGUGUGUAGAUGUUCAGACAGGGCUAAUGGGCAAGAGUCUUCUUGAAUUACAAUCCAAUAAAGGCGAUGUUCUUCCUCCUCACAAAUUUGGUCCCCAUGAUGUUGUAAUUCUAAAACCAAACAAAGCUGAUGUCAGCUCUCCUUCUCUUGGCCAGGGUGUGGUUUACCAACUUAAGGAUUCAUCUAUUACUGUGGCAUUCGAUGACAUACCAGAAGAUGGACUAAAUAGUCCACUGCGCCUAGAGAAAUUGGCAAAUGAGGUCACUUAUCGCCGUAUGAAAGACACAUUGGUAGAAUUGAGCAAGGGAGUGCAAAGGGGCCCUGCUUCCGACUUGGUUCCUGUUUUAUUUGGAGAAAGACCGCCAUCACUGUCCAAGAAGGAUGUCAAGUUUACCCUCUUUAAUUCAAAUCUGGAUCAUUCUCAGAAAGAUGCUAUUUCAAAGGCUCUUGCCUCCAAGGAUCUAUUUUUGUUGCAUGGGCCUCCUGGAACAGGGAAAACCACCACUGUUGUGGAGAUUAUCUUGCAAGAAGUGAAACGUGGAUCGAAGGUUCUCGCUUGCGCUGCUUCAAAUAUUGCCGUGGAUAACAUAGUUGAACGGCUUGCUCAGCAUAGGGUAAAAUUGGUCAGAUUGGGCCAUCCUGCUCGUUUACUCCCCCAAGUUUUAGAGAGUGCUCUCGAUGCCCAGGUCCUUCGCGGUGAUAAUAGUUCCCUUGCCAAUGACAUUCGCAAAGAGAUGAAGGCACUAAAUGGGAAACUCUUAAAAGCCAAAGAUCGGAACACAAAAAGGGAUAUCAGGAGGGAGCUUAAGGCUUUAUCCAAGGAAGAACGAAAAAGGCAGCAGUUGGCAGUCACAGAUGUUUUGAAAAAUGCUGAUGUAGUGUUGACAACCUUAACAGGCUCAUUAUCUAAAAAACUGGAUGGUAGUUCAUUUGAUUUGGUUAUCAUCGACGAAGCUGCUCAAGCUCUUGAAAUUGCAUGCUGGAUUGCUUUGUUGAAGGGAUCGAGGUGUAUUCUUGCUGGUGAUCACCUCCAACUUCCUCCCACCAUCCAAAGUGUUGAUGCUGAGAAGAAAGGACUUGGCAGAACACUUUUUGAACGACUUGCCGAUUUAUAUGGAGAGGAGGUCAUGUCAAUGCUCACCGUUCAGUACCGCAUGCAUGAACAUAUUAUGAAUUGGUCAUCAGCUGAGCUCUAUGAUAGUAAGAUUGAAGCCCAUCCAAGUGUUGCUACGCAUAAGCUCUAUAAUCUCGAUGGCGUGGUUAAGUCCACUGUGACAGAGCCAACUCUUCUUCUUGUAGACACAGCUGGUUGUGAUAUGGAAGAAAAGAAAGAUGAGGAAGAUAGCACGUUGAAUGAGGGUGAAGCUGAGGUUGCAAUAGCACAUGCAAAGAGACUUGUUCAGAGUGGAGUCCAAGCAUCAGAUAUUGGGAUAAUCACACCUUAUGCUGCACAGAUAGUGUUCUUGAAGAUGUUGAGAGGUAAUGAUGACAAACUUAAAAACAUUGAGAUUUCUACUGUGGAUGGCUUUCAGGGUCGGGAAAAAGAAGCCAUUAUCAUUUCAAUGGUUCGAUCAAACUCAAAGAAAGAGGUGGGAUUUUUGAGCGACCACAGGAGAAUGAAUGUUGCAGUGACAAGAGCAAGGAGGCAGUGCUGUGUUGUCUGUGACACUGAGACUGUGAGCAGUGAUAAAUUUUUGAAACGCAUGAUCGAAUACUUUGAAGAACAUGCUGAAUACUUGAGUGCUUCAGAAUAUUGAAAUGAAUGAGUGAAUAGAUGCAUGGAAUUGUCCCUUCUAUGAUUCGUUGAAGCAGUUGGACGUUGAUGUUAUGAAGCAGUAUCACAGAAUAGAUUAGAAGAAGAUUACAUGGUUUCCUUGUGGCCAAUUCAAACUUAAGCUGAACGAAGUUCUCUUACAAAUUGAAUCACGAGGUCAUAAAGUGACUCUUUCAGCUAACGCUACUGGCUGGUUUUUUUCUUAUUGUGUUUUGACCUCUAUCACUUCUCUUUCUGAUCUUACUACAAUUAAGCAAUGCUUCCUUAACAGAGUAAAGGAUAGCUCAUUUAAUGACUUUGGUUAAUGGACUGUGGCAAGAUGCUCAACUGAAUGACAAUCCAGACAUGUGAUGUUGCGCUGCGCAUCUCCAUUUCAGCAUCAUGAGGGCAUAUCCUUCAGCUCUAUCUUUAUGUGUUUUGUAGUUAUGUGUUUUUGCACAGUUAAUUUGACAACAUUGAUGCUGCCUCUUGGCUUUGAAAAGAUAUACCAUUUAUAUAAUGGUAUCACCUCUUAAUACUAGGUAAGAUUAUCUUGGAAGGUUUUGUGACCAGCCAUCGCUUAUGAUUUAGAUGAAAAACCGAGAGUAACUGUUAAGAGUUCUCGGACGGCAAAACUGAUCUAUGUAACUUAUAGACUACGUAUGUAUAUAGUGACUAACUUAGCAAUAUUUGGUGGCAAUUCGUAUCACUGCAAGUAAUACGAAUGCAUUGCUGCUACUGGACUUAGCUAUAUCUUCCUCUUGUCGUACUUCUGCAUUUACAUAACAUUUUAUCCUUGUUAAGAACCAAAGGCUUGUCUGUUUCUUGAAUAGGAGUCCUGCCAGUGCCUCCUCUUCUUACUCAAGUCUCAGAGCUUAGUAUAGCUGACUAGCACUUCACCGAACUGUGGAAAAAUAGCAGCCACUUUCGCCCUCAAAAGUUCCAAAUAGAGGCUGGAAAACUUAGUUCCUCGUUACUCUCUGUAAGAAAGCUGCUGCACUCCAUUAUUUGAUUGUCCUCAACUCCCGAUAUUUCAUUUGGUGUUUCCCAGUUGAAAAUCUGUUCAGGAAACGCAGCAAGUCCUCCAUCAUGGGAAAAAUCUUUCUCCUUGGAGUUUGAGAAUCUUUCACUUGCAUCAGUCUGAUCUUCAUUUUUCAGUACUCCUAUUUUCUGAAGGAACUCAUUUAGAUCGAUCUGAGGCUUCUGUUCUUGAUUCAGCGGUUUGUGCUGGGUAGACUGCUCCACUUCAUUAUACUUCACGAUGAGACUUUCUGCAUGGGGCUGAUUAUCCACAAAAUCCAUGUCAUUUUGGGGAUUGCUUGAUGAUGAGCUUGCUGAGGAUGUCUGACACAAUAAGCCUGUCUUCUUGAGUUCUUCUAGCCUCUGGUGAAUGAUAUGCACACUUGGCUGGGCAUUCAAGUUCAGUAAACCGGUACUAGGAAACAUCGAAAUAAGGCUGUUUGAAGGGAACCAUUUGAACUUCUGGGAUUUGUUCAGAGGGUUGAAAUUUGAUCUCAGAUGCGGAAGAUUAAGGUAAGCUUCCGGCCCAUACAACCUCCUUGCAGCUUCAUCGUACGCCAUGGCUGCCUCUUCUGCCGUCGCGAAAGACCCUAACCAGAGUCUUGUUCUCUUCUUUGGUUCUCUGAUUUCUGCCACCCAUUUACCCCAAGUCCUCUGUCUAACUCCUCGAUACUCGCAUGUCGCGUUCUGUGGCCCUCCUUUACCUCUGGCAGGACCUUUCUUCCAUGGCUUUAACGUCGAUUUUCGAUAACUAUCCAUACGAUAUGUUUACGAAACGUAGGGAGUAGCUUGAGUUACUACUGCAAGUGUUUUGAUCAGUUUUGCAGUAGAAUAUUGCAUGGGAAUGUUGUUGUCUAAGGCGCGGGAUAUAUAUGUAAAGAGUGCGUGAGUUCUGCAUAAUAGUUUAAAUGGUGUCACGUUUUGGUGGAAAAACUUUUGAAGCCCAUGUGACCGUUAAGCCCAGUAGAUAGUAUACUAGACCACUCUGAACACUGGAAGAUCACAUUAUUCUGA